CGCCCACUUGCCCACUGGGUCUGCGGAUCAUGCGUCCUGAUAGUGCGUUCACCCGCUUGGGGCUCGAGGCUGCGUGGACGCCACCUCCUCCUCGCCCCCUCCCCUUGCUGCAGCAGGCGCGCGGCGCCGAGGGAUGGCCUCCCAGGCGGAGGACGUGGCAGAAGGCGACGACGGCGACGAGGAAGACCGGGCCGCGGCUCGUGCCACCCGGGCGGCGCAGGCCUGGCGCUGGGAGGCGCUGCUGGGAGAUGCUGCCGCCGGCGCUGCCCCGGACACCGGCGGAGCUGCCGCGCCAGCGGCCGGCUGCGCCUCGCAGGGCCGCGGCGCCGGGCAGCACGGGCAGCAGGCCGCCGCUGGCGCCGGCGCGGCCGAGCACGCAGCCAGCGAGGCGCCGGUGCGGCGCGGGGUGAUCCGGUUCGUGUACGUGCUGGUGGACAUGACCGAUGCGUCGAGGCAGCCCGACUACAAGCCGCGCCGUCUCGAGUUCGCCGUCGCGGCCGCUGCGCGCUUCGCCGCACGCCUGCUGGAGGAGAGCCCGCUGGCCGAGCUGGGCCUCGGUGUGCUGCGUGGCGGCACCUGCGAGGCAGUGGCGCCCCUGACGAGCAGCUGCGAGGAGUUCACUUCGAGGUUGGAGGCUGCUGCCGCCGACGGCGCCCGCGGCCGCAUGUGCGUCACCAGCGGCCUUCAGCGCUUGUUGACCGGUCUGGAGUCCAUGCCGCCGUAUGGCACCCGUGAGGCGGUGAUCUUGUUCUCGUCGCUGUCCACCAGCGACCCCGCGGAGACCCCCGUCGACGGCCUCCUGUCCACACUGGCCGAGCGGCGCGUGCGCGUGUCAGUGGUGUCGAUGAGCCCGGAGCUGCACGUGCUGCGGCGGGCCUGCGUGAAGACGGGUGGCACCCUCACAGUGGCGCUCGACGCCGCCCACUUUGAGCAGCUUCUGGGCGCCCACGCGCCCGCACCCGCCUGUGCCGCGCGCGGAGUGGCGCCGAAGUUGGUGCGCAUGGGCUUCCCCCGGCAGCUCGUGGGGGACGCGCUGCCAGCCGUGUGCGCCUGCCACCAGCGGCUGCGUGCGCGCCUCUUCGCGUGCCCGCAGUGCCUCACCCGCGUGUGCCAGGUCCCGAGCAGGUGCCACGUGUGCGAGCUCCCACUGGCGAGCGCCCCCCUCAUGGCCCGCGCCUUCACGCACCUGCUGCCCACGCCUGCGUUCCAGUGCCGCGCGGGCACGGGAGGCGGCGCCCCGCGGGCCGCGGUGUGCUUCGGCUGCCAGGCCUCGGCGGCGGAGAGGCGCUGCCCGGCCUGCGGGCAGAGCUUCUGCGUGUCCUGCGACGCCUUCGUCCACGGCCCCCUGCGCCACUGCCCGGGCUGCCUCGCGGCGUCCACGGGGUCCUUUGCGGCAGAGCUCGGGGCUCGGGGUGGAUAAAGGGGCUCCGAUUCCGUC